AUGGCCUUCCAAGUCCCCAACAGAGUGCCGGCCUUCAAUUCUGCGCAGCGCGAAAUAGAGGAUGGCUACUGGCGCGCUGCCACAACCAACAGUCUUUUCGCCAAACAGUCCGGCAUCCAGCUCUCAGAGAAGAUAGGAAACUUCAUAACACCCUCACGAGAACUACCGAUGUAUAAAGAUAAGCCAUAUUUUCAGUCCCGGGGGCGAAAUCCUGUUGGACGGAAGCGGAAGAAGGCGCUGUGGAUUACGAUAUGUGUGGUUUUCUUGGUUAGUUUGUGGUGGUUUUUGGGUGGGAGAGGAGGACAUGCAGGCAUUGUGAGGCCUAUUGGGAUGAAGGGCGGAGAGAUGUGGAAAUGGGUGCAGGGUUUUGAGAAGGGAGUUGUUGGUGGCAAGGGCAAUGCGGUAGAUUGGGAAGAGAGGAGGCAGAGGGUCAAGGAUGCAUUCCUUGUCAGUUGGGGAGGGUAUGAACAGGAUGCUUGGGGAAAGGAUGUUUAUCAACCUCUAGCUAGAACUGGGAGCAAUAUGGUCGAAGACGGAAUUGGCUGGAUAAUCGUCGACACUCUCGACACGCUGAUGCUCAUGAACCUAACAACACAAGUCCAAAAUGCCCGCAAAUGGAUUCGAACCUCGCUCCAUUACCAACAAGACCAGAACGUUAACACGUUCGAAACUACAAUCCGAAUGCUGGGUGGCCUCUUAUCCGCGCACUACCUAUCAAAAAAAUACCCAACCCUUGCUCCGCUGGUAGAUGACGAUGAGGGUGCUCCUGGUGAUGACCUGUAUAUUGAGAAAGCAACUGGUCUAGCGGAUCGGUUACUAGGCGCGUUUGAUUCGCCGUCAGGCAUUCCGUAUGCGAGUCUGAAUCUCAAUUCGUCACAUGGUGUACCGUCGCACACGGAUAACGGGGCGUCAUCGACGGCAGAGGCCGGCAGUUUGCAGCUUGAAUUCAAAUAUUUGGCCAAGUUGACUGGCGAAUCGCAUUACUGGGAGAAGGUAGAGAAAGUUAUGGAAGUCAUCGACGGGAAUGAAAUGAGAGAUGGAUUAUUGCCGAUUUUUAUCCUGGCUGAUACAGGCAAAUUCAUGGGCGAAAAUAUCCGACUGGGAAGUCGGGGGGAUUCCUACUACGAAUAUCUCAUUAAGCAAUUUUUACAAACAUCUGGCGAAGAACCGAUCUACCAGAAUAUGUGGGACCAAGCACUUGCAGGCAUCCGCAAACAUCUCAUCACCUAUACAAAACAUGCUUCCCUAACUCUUGUGGCCGAACGACCUAGCGGGCUCGACGACCCCUUAGUACCCAAAAUGGACCAUUUGGUAUGCUUUUUGCCAGGCACCAUCGCUCUUGGGGCCACGGGUGGCUUACCUCUUUCCAAAGCUCGAAAAUCCCCGGGUUGGAACCGUCAGAAGGAGGAUGAAAUUGUUCUUGCCAAAGAAUUAGUCAAAACAUGCUGGGCGACAUAUCUUGCGACGGAAACGGGCCUAGCUCCCGAAAUCGCAUACUACGAAGUCGAUAAACCCCCAAGGAUGAUGGAGGAUGUGUUCCCAAGGUCGAAGAGCGAAACUAAAGCUGAAAAGGGCGGAAAAGGAAAGGAAAGGGGGAAGGGAGAGGAUAUACAUAUCGUUUCCAAACCUUUAGAACCUCUUGACGACAAGGACAGUGCCUGGAGGAAGGAUGUCAUCAUCAAACCUGCAGACAGGCAUAACCUCCAACGACCUGAAACUAUCGAAUCGCUCUUCUACUUGUACCGCAUCACAGAAGACGAAAUGUACCGCGAAUGGGGUUGGGAAAUGUUCAAAAACUUCGUCAAACAUACAGCCGUCAUUGAGGAGGCAACCAAUGAACAGAGCCACGAGGGGUCGUCAGAAUCCUCGGCCUCGCACGACGAUUCACACCCGUCUAAGAGCUCAUAUAUUCGAGCCUUCACGUCGCUAGCGAAUGCUGACAUGAUCCCUCCUAGAAAAAUAGAUAAUAUGGAAAGCUUCUGGCUUGCCGAGACACUGAAGUAUUUCUAUCUCUUGUUCUCAGACAAGGACUUUAUUCCUCUUACGGAGACGGUUUUCAAUACGGAGGCGCAUAUCUUCCCUCGUUUCAAGAUGGGGAAGCUGUUCAAGACCGGAUGGAAGAGGAAGACCGAGUGGAAAGCUGAGGAAUAA